AGAAAGGUGAUUCAAUUAAAGCUAUAUAGCAGCCACAGAUAAAUGUUGACGUGAAUUUCCAAACAACUUGCACUGUGCGAAAACUGGUCUCCGCGUGGUCACUUUUCUCACUUGCAUUUCCCGGUUGGUUUUUAGCACAAAAUUGCAUAAGAUCGCUUGAAUUAAUAGCCAUCCAACUCGUUUCGCCGUCUCACGAGAGAAAAUAAUGUAAUCCAUACGCGUGAAAGCGCCCAAAGUUGCGGGAGAUCAUCUCAAGAUCAUGUCUUUGUUCUCAUGCGAGGUUCUUAGAAUAAAUUAUCGGCUACAUUAUCGUUUUCUCACACAUUUUUCUUCCUCAUAAACUCUGUGCAAACUUGCCGAAGUGCCAUUAUACAUCAAUUUUCAAUAAUAGCCGAGGUAAUUUACUGAUGCGCGCACAAGCACUUCCUCCAGGGCGAAGGUGAAUCUUCUAAAUAAACGUUGAAACUUGAUGCUAAACAGCAAAGACAAUAUGGAAUCUCGAGGACCACUUGAAGUUUUGCGUGUCUGCACGAGACAAGAUGCCCAAUGGCCACGACCAGAGUGAUCCUGAGUUACCCGUGGAACGGCGGCGGGAAGGGCCUGACCAAGACCACCGAGGAGGAAUUGGGUAUCAGUGAGAAGGUGCUCAAGAUAGCGCGCAAGGAAUUGCGCGAGGACGCUUGUGCUCGCGAACAGUGCCUUCAGCAGAUCCGCGACUGGCUGAAAAAGAACCCAGAUGUGGCGAAUGUGCGUGUCGACGAUAAGUUUCUGCUGCGCUUCCUGCGCGCCAAGAAGUUCAGCAUCCCCAUGGCGGAACAGACACUGCUCAAGUAUCUCAACUUCAGACGCACCUUUGCCCACAUGACCACCAAACUGGACUUCCUCUCGCCCGCCGUUAAUGAGUUGAUCUCUGGCGGUUACAUUUUCGCAUCGCCGGUGCGCGAUAAGAAUGGCCGUCGCGUCGUCAUUGCCUUUGCGAAAAACUUUGAUCCAUCACGACACUGCAGCGCUGACAUGGCUCGAGCUCACUUCAUCACAUAUGAAACACUGCUUGAGGAUCCCGAGAACCAAAUCCUGGGCUUCACACACAUUGGUGACAUGAGCGGCGUCUCUGCUGCUCAUAUAACUUGCUGGAACGUCACGGAAUUUGCGAGGAUCAUGAAAUGGGGUGAACAGUCCGUCCCGAUGCGCCACAAAGAGAUCCAUGUGGUGAAUGUGCACACGACUGUGAAAUACGUCGUGGAUUUUGCCAAGUCGCUGGUGUCGAAAAAGAUCAACGAUCGUCUCUCUAUUCACGUGACUGUGGACAAUCUGAUCAAGAAAGUGGACAAGGAGUGCCUGCCACUGGAAAUGGGCGGCUCGAUGCCCAUGGCUGAGAUGAUCGAGUUGUGGAAGGCAGAGCUGGCGGCCAAGCGAGAAGUCGUACUGUCCCUGGACGAGAUGGAAUUGCUCAGCGACCGAGGAAUCAUCAGCAGUCGCGACAAGAACAACAACAGCAACAGUUCCACACAGAUGGACUCAAUCGCUGGAAGUUUCAGGAAACUCGAAGUCGAUUGAUCUGUCCAUUGAGAUUCAUUUUGGCUAGGUUUACACACUCUGCUUUUCAAUCUCUAUAUCUUCUUUCACACUUUUCUCUUCUGUCUCCUCUCCUCU